CUUUUUUAUCUUUCUUCAAUGCAGAAAUAGCCACGUAAUGAUCGCCCAUCCUUUUCGAUCCCUGAUUUGGCCACUGUCCAUUCCAACCUCUUCCGUAACGGGGAUUGAAAACAGUGUCAUUUGAUUGGAUAAAGCAAAAACACCAGCUGCCACAGGUGUGGCAACAGCUUUCCCUUCCCAGUCAGCUGUUCGCCGUGACACUUUCUUCAUUAUCCACAACCCAUUGGCAUUCCCAUGGCAGCCAACUACUGGGCCUCUUCACAAAAAAAGUAUUGGUUGCUCGAUCGAUGGACACUAUCUCGAAGUCGAGAAGAGGAUUUGAAAUACCUGUCAGACAAUGACUAUAUAAAACUGAAAAUCUGGUUUUGUCACUUGAUUCAGAAACUGGCCAAGCGACUGCAGUUACGACAGCAGGUCGUCGCCACCGCCUUUGUUUAUUUCAAACGAUUUUAUACCAAAAAUAGCUUACGUUCAACCGAUCCGACCUUGGUCCUUGUCACCUGUGUUUAUCUUGCCACCAAAAUCGAAGAGUGUCCUAUCCACAUCAAAAUUGUCACCCAGGAAGCCAAACAUAUUUUUCAAGUGGACUUUGGAGGUUUUACCUACGACAGCUCCAAAGUCGCCGAGUUUGAGUUUUAUCUAUUGGAGGAACUGGAAUUCUAUCUGAUCGUGUGGCACCCUUAUCGAUCAUUAACGCAAAUAUGCAACGAGUUGGGUAUGCGUGAAUCUGGAAUCCAGUAUGCAUGGUUUAUCUUGAACGACUCGUACCGGACGGAUGUGUGCCUUUUAUACCCACCUCAUAUGAUUGCGCUGGCGGCCCUUUAUCUCACCGUGGUGUUAAACCAUGCUGAUUUUGCUCCAGGAUCAGUGGGAGAUCGUACGGACAUGAGGCAAUGGUUCGCGGAUUUAAACGUCGAUAUCGAAAGCAUUGUGGAAAUUAGCCAGGAGAUCUUGGCUAUCUAUGAAAUUUGGGCGAACUGGAAAGAGGACAAAAUGCUCUUACUUUGGAAAGAUUUUAGAAAUCGGUGAUGGGUGAUGCAAGCUUUAUGACUUGAAGUGGUAGUCCUGCUGGCCAGCUACCUUGAAGACGACAGACAAACGCAACCAUUCACCAGAUGGACAUUCAUAAUCAUGUCGAAAAAAUUGCAUAGCAUAGUUGUGUACGUGCUGGACUUCCAAUGACUCUAGUAAUUGUCCUGAGGAAAUAUCAUUUUUUUCUGCAAACUACUAAAUUUGUGCAAUAAAUUCUUCCAUUUCAAGAUCUACAUUUCAUGGAUCGUUCUCAUUGACAGAUGAAACAAACCGUCAAACCUCAAAUUAAGUAUACAUGGGAC